UCACACUCAUCCAUCACCUUUGCGCCACAUCCAUCCCCAGCGCUCCUCUACAUCGCACCACACUCUUUCACCUUCAUUGCGUGUAUCACAGUGUGCUAAAACCGCCAUCAUGUUGUCCUCAAGACUCAUGCGCAAUGCCGUCCCUCGCGCAACCUCCACACUCAGAUCCUCCGCAUACCGCGCGCCUCUAGCACAAUUCCGACGAGGCUAUGCAGAGGACACAAAUGCCGAUUCCGGCAAGGUCAAGGGCCCCAUCAUCGGUAUCGAUCUGGGUACCACCAACUCUGCUGUCGCCGUGAUGGAGGGCAAGUCGCCUCGCAUAAUAGAGAACUCGGAAGGUGCCCGAACAACGCCAUCCGUCGUGGGAUUCACCAAGGAGGGCGAGCGAUUAGUCGGUAUUUCCGCAAAGCGUCAAGCUGUCGUCAACCCAGAGAACACUCUCUUCGCCACCAAGCGUCUCAUCGGUCGCAAGUUCUCCGACAUUGAGGUUCAGCGCGAUAUUCAGCAGGUUCCCUACAAGAUCGUUCAGCACACCAACGGCGAUGCGUGGCUCGAGGCUCAAGGCCAGCGCUACUCUCCCUCCCAGAUUGGAGGUUUCGUUCUCGGAAAGAUGAAGGAGACUGCUGAGGCCUUCCUCGGAAAGAACAUCAAGAACGCCGUUGUCACUGUCCCCGCCUACUUCAACGACCAGCAGAGACAAGCAACCAAGGAUGCCGGUCAAAUUUCUGGUCUGACUGUCCACCGUGUGAUCAACGAGCCUACCGCUGCUGCCCUCGCCUACGGUCUCGAGAAGGACGACCGUGUCAUUGCUGUCUACGAUUUGGGUGGUGGUACUUUCGAUAUCUCCGUUUUGGAGAUCUCCAACGGCGUGUUUGAGGUCAAGGCCACCAACGGUGACACCCACCUUGGUGGUGAGGACUUCGACAUCACCCUCGUCCGCCACCUCGUCCAGGCAUUCAAGAAAGAGCAAGGAAUUGAUCUCUCUGGUGACCGCAUGGCUAUCCAGCGUAUCCGUGAGGCUGCCGAGAAGGCCAAGAUCGAGUUGUCCUCUUCCGUCCAGACCGACAUCAACCUUCCUUUCAUUACUGCCGACUCUUCCGGACCCAAGCACAUCAACACCAAGAUGACCCGCGCCGAACUUGAGAAGCUCGUCGACCCGCUCAUCAACCGCACCGUCGACCCCGUCCGCAAGGCGCUCAAGGAUGCCAACCUCAAGGCCACUGAUAUCCAGGAUGUCAUUCUUGUUGGUGGUAUGACUCGCAUGCCCAAGGUCAUCGAAUCGGUCAAGAGCAUAUUCGGCCGCGACCCAGCCAAGUCUGUCAACCCAGAUGAGGCUGUGGCCAUUGGUGCCGCAAUCCAGGGUGGUGUCCUUGCUGGUGAGGUCACCGAUCUUCUCCUCCUCGAUGUCACCCCUCUCUCCCUCGGAAUUGAGACCCUCGGCGGUGUCUUCACCCGUCUGAUCAACCGCAACACUACCAUUCCAACCAAGAAGUCGCAGACCUUCUCCACCGCUGCCGACUUCCAAUCCGCUGUCGAGAUCAAGGUCUACCAGGGUGAGCGUGAGCUUGUCCGUGACAACAAGAUGCUCGGAAACUUCCAGCUUGUUGGAAUCCCACCGGCCCACCGUGGUGUGCCUCAGAUCGAGGUCACCUUUGACAUUGACGCCGAUUCCAUCGUCCACGUCCACGCCAAGGACAAGUCCACCAACAAGGACCAGUCCAUCACCAUCGCCUCCGGCUCCGGUCUCAGCGACGACGAGAUCCAGGGCAUGGUCAACGACGCCGAGAAGUACGCCGCGCAGGACAAGGACCGCAAGGGCUCCAUCGAGGCCGCCAACCGUGCCGAUAGCGUCGUGAACGACACCGAGAAGGCGCUCAAGGAGUUCGAGGACAAGCUCGACAAGACCCAGGCCGACACAAUUCGCGAGAAGAUCACGCAAAUGCGUGAAUUCAUCGCCGCCAACCAGACUGGCGAGGGUGGCGCCACUGCCGAGCAGAUCAAGGAGAAGACAGACGAGCUCCAAAACGCUUCUCUCAGCCUGUUCGACCAGCUCCACAAGAGCCGCAACGCCUCUCAACAAGAGGGCGGCGAGCAGCAGCAGCCCAGUCAGGAGAAGCCUGCCGGUGAGGAGAAGCCCGAGGACAAGAAGCCAUGAACGGCAUGAUCAAUGAUCUUCGUUUUCCUGGACCUUGUUUGAUUUGUGUUUAUACCCAGCGACGACUUCUCGCAUGUGCAGCCAGCAGAGAUGAGAUUGUGGGGUGGUGAUGUACGAGAAGAGGAAGGGAAAAGGCGUUCUCACCUUGCUUCGUACGCCGCGGCUUUUGCUUCGUGUAUCGAUACUCAGCUUCUGUCUGGAGUUUUGGUUGCAAAAAAUGUGUUGUUACAAUAUAUGGAUGAAAGAAGAAGAUGACGAAGAAGGAAAAGGCUCGGCAGAGGUUUAUGCAUACGGGCGGGAGGGGGUUCCUCUUCUCUCGUUCUUGGCUUUCAGCGAUUUUGGGUGUAAUUCUACGGAUGCUGAAGACAGAUGGGAAGGCAGACGGUGCCUCCUUUUGAGUGUGUAUAUGGAACGAAGAUUCUCCUCUCGAUCGCAUGUACUGCGUAAUCUCUUAUCCUUCUG